AUGGGUGGAAUGUCUUUCGAUGUGCCUCCUCGCACACAUUCCCAUGAAGAUGCCGUUGAAGAUCUUGCCAACACCGUCGGAGCUUCACGUGAUGCGGUGCGCGAUGAGGAGAGGGAGGAAGAUUCAUCUUCGGAGGCGGAAGAAUCGUCUUCCGAAGAUGAGGACGAGGACGAAGACGAAGACGAGGACGAGGAAUGA